CCAGCCCCACUUCAAAACACCAACUCAUCCCUUCAUUUGUAUCAAUAUCCAAUACAAUCCAUAAUGGCUUCUUCCCACUGCUCAAUCCUCUUCCUCCUUGCCAUUCUCAUUUCUGCUUCCAGUGCGCAAAAUGGCCUGAUCCUCCCCAUCCGUAAAGACGCCAAAACCUCUCAAUUCUACACCACAGUAGAAUUGGGCAGCAACCGAGCUGCCAUUACCCCCAUCAUCGACCUCGGGGCCCAAUUAUCUUGGUUCCAAUGCGACAAUUAUGUCUCCUCCACCUACUCCCCUAUCCCAUGUGGCUCACGGAAAUGUGAGAUCGCCGGAGGGUCCGGGUGCGUGAGCUGCAAUGGGCCCCUACGCCCUGGCUGCACCAACGACACAUGUAGUGCUCCCGCUUUCAACCCGUUCCAGGAUGUUUUUGUAGCUGAAUUUUUCGGUGAGGAUACACUUUACGCCAAGAAUCAGCAGCCGGUGCCCGAGUACAUCUUUUCCUGCAUGGAAUCAAGAUUCAUGGAGGGCCUAGCCACUGGCGCUAAUGGGCUGGUGGGCCUGGCCAGGACUGAGAUCUCUUUACACAAACAAGUGGCCAACAAGUUCAACCUUCCCAACAGGUUUUCAGUUUGUUUUCCAUCUUCUGGACUCGGGAAAUUGUCGAUUGGAGGACCAUCCUCAUCGACCAUUUCGACAAUCUCAAAGUCGCUUAAGGCCACUCCCUUGAUUGUAAACCCUGUCAGCACUGCUCCUGCUUUCACAGUGGGCGAUCCGUCUGAUGAGUAUUUCAUCGAUGUGAAAUCCAUCAGGGUCGGCGGGGAAACCCUGUCUGUCAAGAAUUCCUACUUUUCCAUCGACAAGGAUGGCGUAGGGGGAACGAAAAUCAGCACCAUACAUAAUUUUACAGCUCUCCAUAACUCCAUCUACAAGCCUUUGGCACGGGCUUUCACUAAAGCGGCGGCCGAUAUGAAAAUCAAAAGCGUGGCAGCAGUGGAACCAUUCAGGGCCUGUUUUAGCUCAGACUCAAUUUCCAAGACCCCUGCAGGGCCGUCUGUGCCAACAAUCGAUCUGGUUUUGCCCGGAAAUGACCUUUACUGGAGGAUUCAUGGAGCCAACUCAAUGGUUGAGGUUAAUCAGAGAACAACAUGCCUUGCUUUUGUGGACGGAGGGUCGAACCCAAGAACUUCAGUUGUGAUCGGGGCGCAUCAGUUGGAGGAGAAUUUCUUGGAGUUUGAUCUCGUUUCUUCCCAGCUUAAGUUCAGUUCUUCUCUUUUGGUCCAGAACCAAAGCUGUUCCAGACUUUAAGCUUGUUAAUGUUUUUGAAGAUGUCUGUAAUAAUUUUCAUUAAUUCUUGUUUUCGUCAUGUUUGUUGUAAGCUGUAUUACAAGAGUUGUUGUUUCUUAAUUAAUGUAAGUUGUAACUGAUUGGUGUCUUAGUUUUAA